AGCGGCUGGGGAGUGCGGAGGCCCGAGACUUUGGGUUGAGUGGCCUUGGCUGGGAGACGGAGACACAGGGCCCACAGCGGCCGGCCGUGGGAGCCCACAGCGGCCGGCCGUGGGAGCCCACAGAAACUCGCCUACCGACGGCACCCAUGAGGGGGUGGACGAACAUGAAGUCCACCCUGCCGUCCAAGCCACCAUAGACCUCACCGCGGGUGCCGUUGGGGGCGCAGCGUGUGUGCUGACUGGGCAGCCCUUUGAUACCAUAAAAGUGAAGAUGCAGACAUUCCCUAACCUGUACAAGGGCCUCACAGACUGCUUUCUGAAGACCUAUCACCAAGUAGGCUUCCAGGGCUUAUACAGGGGAACCAGUCCUGCACUGCUAGCCUACGUCGCCCAGAGCUCUGUACUAUUCAUGUGCUAUGGCUUCUGCCAACAGUUUGUUAGGAAAGUGGCCAGAGUGGACCAGAACACAGAGCUGAAUGACUUCCAGACUGCCACUGCUGGGUCACUGGCCUCCGCAUUCGCUUCGCUGGCCCUCUGUCCCACUGAGCUCGUGAAGUGCCGGCUGCAGACCAUGCAUGAAAUGAAGAUGUCAGGGAAGAUAGCGCAAAGUCAUGACACAAUUUGGUCCAUGGUUAAGAGUAUCUUCAUGAAGGAAGGUCUUUUUGGCUUCUAUCGUGGACUCCCCACCACUCUAGUUCAGGAGAUACCUGGCUAUUUCUUCUUCUUUGGGGGAUAUGAACUUAGUCGAUCAUUUUUUGCGUCAGGGAGAUCAAAGGAUGAACUAGGCCCUGUCCCUUUGAUGUUAAGUGGAGGCUUUGCUGGGAUCUGCCUCUGGCUUAUUAUAUUCCCAGUGGACUGUGUUAAAUCCAGAAUCCAGGUUCUUUCUAUGUCUGGGCAGCCAGCAGGAUUAAUCCGAACCUUUCUAAGUGUUGUGAGGAAUGAAGGAAUAUUAGCCUUGUAUUCUGGAAUGAAAGCCACUAUGAUUCGAGCCAUCCCUUCUAAUGCUGCUUUGUUCUUGGCCUACGAGUACAGCAGGAAGGUGAUGAUGAGCAUGGUGGAAGAACACUGACGUGUCCUGGUGAACCCUUCUCUGAGCACUUGAGUGUGAGGACCGUGGCUCUAGAUAUCAAAGAGUUCAAGACCAACAUGGAGUUAUCUUUGACUGGGAAUUUCGGGUUUGUCUUCCCUUCCUCCAAAUCUCAAACUUUGUGGAGAAAUCUUUAUAUCAUAUGGUUUCUUCCCGCAAUCAUACUGAAAUAGAAAAAUCACUGCUUUUGCUGGUUGUGGAAUCUACAGGGUGAACCCCAAGGCCCUAUGUACUUAAUCUUAAAGGUUAUCAAGGCCGCUUCAUAAACCUGUAUAUGCAUCUUGAA